CGUUUUGUCUUUUUCGACUUUGAAUGUCAGCAGGAUUCGGGAGAUCACAUACCCAACUUGUGUGUUUUGCAGCUCUGUUGUCAUUUCUGCAUUCAAAGCAAAGAUCCCUGUCCAUACUGCGAUUCGUAUUGGAACCAAGAAAAAGAAAUGGUAAUGAAGGGACCCGAUACGCUAGACCAAGUGGGUCGUUGGUUUAUUCGUCUGGCUGGUCGUCGAAUGGUUGAGGGAGGAACCGCAAACAGCAACGUCAAGAAAUCAUCCCAAGUGAUCUGUGUAGCCCAUAAUUUCAAGGGUUACGAUGGUAUAUUGAUGAUGCAGACCAUUCACAAACACGCCAUUGCUGCUCCCGAAGUGAUUAUGACCGGUGGUAAAAAGGGUUAUUUUCCGCAUUUUUUCAAUAAACCCGAAAACGCCAGCUACGUUGGACCCUAUCCGCCUCAAGAAACCUACGACCCUGAUGGGAUGAACGCCAAGGAGAGGGAAAAGUUUUUAAAAUGGUACCACGAACGCAAACAGGACACGUUUGAUUUCAGCAGAGAAAUUCUAGCCUAUUGCCAGAGCGACGUCGAUAUUUUGAGAAGAAGCUGUGGAGAGUUUCGUCGCAUCUUCCUUAACGACACCGGAAUCGAUCCACUAGCCUCGAGCAUGACGUUGGCAGCGGCGUGUAAUCGAGUGUACCGAACGCAUUAUUUGCCCCUGGACACUAUUUCCAUCAUU